AUGACAAAGGACAAAAAUGAGGAAUUCAGAGAGAUUAAACUAAACAGAUUGAAGUCAGUGUUGAUUCAGUUUAAUAAGAGGAAAGUUGGAGAUGUCAUAGAUAGAUAUUUAGAAGCCAAGGAAAAAUUUCAACAACCACAAUAUUUGCUGCAACAGCAACCUCAAUCUAUAGAGUUACAACAAGUAGAACAAGUAGCAUGUUCAGAGUUUAAUCACUAUUCAAAGAUGCAUGACAGUUUUCUUAGGCAAAGGAGCAAAGUUACUUGGUUGCGAUUUGGAGAUGACAAUACAUCUUACUUUUAUGCUACUUUAAAACAGAGGUCAGCUUUUAAUAGAAUCACUGCUUAUUUGGAUGAACAUGGCAAGAUUGUUGAUUGUUAUGAUGAUGUGGUUAAUCAUUUUAUUAACCAUUUUAAAGGUUUUCUGGGCAGUCCUAGCUCUGCUACUUCUAGGAUUCAGCUGGAUUGUUUUAAGGUUGGCAACAUUUUGAGUUUAGACCAGCAACUCAGUUUGAUUAGGCCUUUUUCGAAGAAGGAUGUAAAAAUGGCCAUGUUUAGUAUUCAUGCUGUUAAAAGUCCUGGUCCUGAGGGGUUUGGUUCGGGGUUUUUCAAGUAUAUGUGGAAAGAUUUGGGGGAUGAGAUAGCCACUGCUAUGAUGUGUGUGAGAUUGUCUACUGUUCUUCCUUUUCUUACUCAUCAGAAUCAGGGUGCUUUCAUUAAGCAAAGAUCUCAGGUUUCUGGUCUUGCAGUGAACUUAUCUAAGUCUCACAUCUACUUUGGUGGUGUUCAUUUGGAUGAAAGGAAAAAAAUCAUGGAUAGCUUGAAUAUUGAGGAGGGAUCCUUCCCUUUAAAUAUCUGGGAUUGUGUCUAA